GUCUGAGUUUGUUUACAUGUGGAGUUAUUGAUACGAGUGGCGCUUUAAAACAGGUUGUGUGGGGUCAUUUUAAUGUUUAUCGGCAAAAAUCAAAACAGUUUCCAUUAUCUUUAAUCAAUACAAGGAACGCCUGCAAACAUGACGAAAGUAGCAGCGUUGCUCCUUUUACUUCUCGUUCAGACCUAUGCAGGGCCAGCAGAUGAUCUUCGUGAAUUGGAAGAAAUGGCAGAACAAGAGCUAGGAAGUGGGGAAUUGGAAAGCAAGGGAGAAGUUGAUAAACGCGUUAUAAUGCCAGGAACUUUGUGGUGUGGAAUGGGAAAUAACGCGGAGAACGAUAAUGAGCUCGGUGAGUAUGCCGAUGUCGAUUCCUGUUGCCGAGAUCACGACAAAUGCGAUCGAGCGGUCAAAGCAUUUGCAAAAAAGUACGAAUACAGAAAUUGGAGACCAUAUACAGUAAGCGACUGUGAAUGCGAUAGUAAGUUUCAUAAAUGUUUAAAAGAUGUCAAAGAGCACAAAAGAGCGUCAGAGAUCGUUGGGACGCUAUUUUUUAAUAUUCUCAAAAUGCCCUGUUUAAGGUUUAACACAUUUGGAUUAAAGGCAGAAAAAGGAUCAUCUCCGAACUUUUAAGCUCCGUGGGAAAAUGUCAAGGACUCAAAAAUGAACUUAGUAGUCUCGAAAAUGUAGUUGUGUAUAAUUCAGUUGUGAUUAAUACAGUCGUUCUAAAUGUAUCAAAAUAUCAAAUUACAUAGUGAGGGGUUAA